AUGGAAUCCAGAGCCUGUACCGCAUGCGCAAAAGCGCGGAGAAGUUGUGAUAAGCACAAGCCACACUGUCUUCGUUGUCGAACGCGCGGAAACCGCUGCGAAUACCCCCCCUCAAAGCCGACUUCAUUCGUUAGAUUGAGAGAGCAAGCUCCUGAGUUGGCCUAUACUCCGCUAUCAGGAUCGACUACAUCCUUUGGGCCGAUGUUCUCACUUUUCUCAAGCACCCAAGUACACUCUUGGUGGUUUGCAUCACCAGAAACGUGGACGAUCGACCAGGUCCCGCCUAACUUGCUGUCGGCCCCCCACCGCUUUUCCUCUGCGGACUUGGAUCGUCAUCUAAGAACGAUGAUUCUAUGGUUAGCUGAAUGGGUGACGCAGGGUAGCAAUCCGUUCAUCCAUCAACAAUUGUACCGCCACCGAUUGCCGCGUUGUAUUCAGAGUGCCUAUACGGCACUUUCAGCUUAUCUGAAUAAGACAGCUUCAAACGAGCAAAUGAUAUGCCGCAUCAUUGAAGAUCAAGUCGUGCUGUUGGUAGGCGAAGGCGUGCCGCGGUCGGAGUCCGUGCUUGGGGCCGCAAACUCUUCCGAACGCAAACUUGAUAUACUUGAAUACCUCGCUAGAGUUCAAGCAUUGCUUGUGUAUCAAUGCAUUGGCUUUUUUGACGGUAACCAUCGACUACGUCACCUUGCCGAAAAGCAUAUCCCCAUACUUCAAAGCUGGUUAGUCGACCUCCUCGAGUAUACCCGGCAAGCAGAGUGCUGCGGCGAGUCACUCAUGUCAUCUCCCAACGGCCAGGCCACUUUCAAUAUCGACACAGCUAGCGAGAGUCCCAAUGAAAAUCUCCUCUGGUACUCUUGGGUUUUGAUUGAAAGCACUCGACGCACCUGGCUUAUUGCCUCCGGCAUCCAAGGAAUGUACCAGCUCAUACAAAGGCGAAUGGCGGCAUGCAUGGGCGGUACGAUCUUCACAAGUCGCCAGGGCUUUUGGGAGGCACCAACAGCUCUAGUAUGGGAGAAGCGAUGUUCUGAAGUAUACGCGGGAUUGGUACGGCUUACAGAGAUAGAAAAGCUCUUUGCGAUGGUGCCAAAGAGAGAGAUAAACGAGUUUGCAAAGUUGGUUCUAGAAUGCCCAUAUGGAGAUGAGCAGGUAGAGAGGUGG